GGAACUAAAACAACGAAUGAGCUGCCUUUCAUGGCAGUUCCGAUUAAAAUUAUUUAAUUAACGAUUAGUGGUUCCAAAUCACUUUUAUUUCAUGUUGCUUGUCAUUCAAACGCCAAAGUUGAAUAACAACGGAUAAAGCAGUGCUCUGUGUGUGAUUGGUAAACAAAGAGCCCUGCAUGUUGACUACAAAAAGCCAUGGGCUAUGCGCGGGCUAUGUUAAGUACAAAAGUGCACGAGCUAUGUCAAAUACGUUGACUUGUUGAGCAUUCUAACUGAGCCUCGCCAUGAAGAAGCAGAACGUGCGAACUCUGUCCUUAAUCGUGGGCACAUUCACGUAUCUGCUGGUGGGGGCGGCGGUGUUCGACCGCCUCGAGUCCUUGACUGCGGAGCACAAAGCGUCUAUCCUCAGCAAAAUAGAGAAGCAAUGGAUGGCCAAGCACGGGGUGAGCUCGGAGGACUACCGCAUCAUGGAGGUGAUCGUCCUGGGCGGCGUGCCUCGUAAGGCUGGCAAGCAAUGGAAGUUUGCUGGCGCGCUGUACUACGCCACCACCGUCCUCACUACCAUAGGUUACGGGCACUCAACCCCCAACACAAUCCAGGGGAAAAUUUUCACCGUCAUCUACGCUGUUGUGGGCAUACCGCUCUGCCUCGUACUUUUCCAUUCAAUUGGUGAACGACUCAACAAAGUAUUUUCCAUGAUCAUCCGUGGCAUCAAGAAAAUUCUUAAACUGAAGUCAGUGGAUGUGACUGAUGUCGACCUCAUCCUGGCGGUGACGACGUGCUCGACCAUCACCAUCACCGCCGGCGCCGCCGUCUUCUCCAGCAUCGAACAGUGGACCUACUUUGACUCCGUCUACUACUGCGUCAUCACCCUCUUCACCAUAGGUUUUGGGGACAUGGUGGCACUUCAGAAGGACAAAGCGUUAGAGAAUCCAGGAUACGUGGCCUUGUGGCUGGUAUUUAUUUUGUUCGGCAUGGCGAUCGUGGCCGCUUGUCUCAACCUCUUCGUGCUCAGACUCGUUACGAUGAACACCGAAGACGAGCGGCGAGACGAAGCUGAAGCCCUUCAGGCGGCUGCGGGAGCUGUACACCUGGAAGGCGAUGUGAUUACGGCGAACGGCUCGAUCCUGUCGAUAGGCGACCCAGACACGCGCUCCCUGGGCAAGGCAGACCUCGGCUCUACCACAGACAUGGACUCUGUCUGCUCGUGUAACUGUGUGCAGUGUUCUCUAUACGCCCUGGGAUUCAGCAGGGGCAGAUUCAAAUAUCCUCUAUAGGCAAAUUGUGUAGUGUUCGCAACAUUCUUUAGACCUCAGUAAAACCAGAUACAAAUAUGACUUAUGACUAAAUGGGAACAUUGUACAUUCUUAGGGCUUCAGAAAAGGCAUAUACAACUAUCUUCGACAUAAUGGUUCCCACACCGGGAUAUUAUCGUCGAGGGAAUUUAUCAAUUUGUAUCACUAACUUCUUGAGUCUUAAUAAAACUAUUAUCCGAACUUUUCA